CCACCGGGUAACACAAUGGAAUGUGUGUGAGCCAACGGGGACGGGGAGCUGCACCUUCCGCACACUCAGCAAUAUCAGCCAAUUAGGAUGACUUCUCGUGCCGACACCCUGAAGAAGGAGCUGGAGGAGGAGCUGAAACUGAGCAGCGAAGACCUGAGGAGUCACGCUUGGUACCACGGGCCUCUCCCAAGGCAGGAUGCCGAGCGGCUGCUGGUGUCAAACGGCGACUUUCUGAUCCGCGACUCCAUCUCUUCCCCGGGGGACUACGUGCUGAGCUGUUGCUGCGCCGGGGGGCAGCCCUUACACUUUAAGAUCAUUGCAGUGGCUCUGCGCCCCCGGCGUGGCAUCGCCCGCACUCUGUACCAGUUGGAACAAGACCAGUUUGAUAACAUCCCGGCUCUGGUUCGCUCCUACGUGGGGGACAGGAGGAAGGUGUCGGAGUCUACGGGCGCAGUUAUUAUACGGCCGGUCAAUAGAUCCCUGCCCCUUACUGCCCUGCGUGAGAGACAUAAUGGCCCCAGCGGGGGGGACAGAGACCACAGGAGAAGCCUCAUCCUGUCUGAGAGCAGCCUCCUUAGGACCAAGGAGCGGUUCGGGAGUCAGCCAGGCAACCUGGACGCACUGAAGGAGAGACCUCUGCAGAGUGCUCAGUCUGACAGUAACCUGCUCUCAGCCCUCACAGCAGAAACGUCGCCCCCGGCGCAGACCCCAAUGCCCGCGCCCCUCUCCCCGCUUUUCCGCACCGGCAGUGAUCCAGUCCUUAGGGCCAAAACCGUUCCGGCCCCCAGCCUAGACCUAGAUGGAAACAGCGGCCUUCGGGGCUCAGACAGCCAGCUGCAUUCCAAGGCUCCCCCAAAGCCCAUCCGGGCCCCAUCCUUGCUGCUUUCGGAGCCCCCCGAUGAAGGCGACACCUACUCCGAGCUCGUCCCCCGUGUCCCUGUGUUCCCCAAGAGGCCAGUAGACCACGGCAAGGCUGAAGAACGAUGGAAAAACCGCGUCCGGGCCACCGAGACCACUUUUGGCUUUCUGGAGUCGGAGGAGUCCCAAGGUGGGGUUGGUUCCGGAACUGGACUUUUGGGCGGUGCCAGUACUGUGACCGUGGUCCCUACGGCGGUGGCUGCUGAGGAAGAGGAGGAUCCAUUUGUCAGACCACAGAUACAAAGCACUUCUUCCUAUCAGCCCUCAGCCUUCCAUUCUCUUCUGCUGCCUCCCGAAAACAAACCCCUGGAGCCGGCGGCCCUGCGCAAACUCAAAGAGAUAGUCAGCCAAAGAGACUGCAAGGAGAGCGCCCUACAUAUCCUGCGAGAGGACUGCAAGGAAAUUCGAAUUUGGGGCAUUACCCCCGAGCAGCAGAGGAUGAUGGGAGUUCGCUCGGGGCUGGAGCUAUUAACAUUACCCUAUGGGCAGCAGCUGAGACGAGACCUUCUAGAAAGGCACCACCUCCUGUGCCUGGGGGUCGCCGUGGAUAUCUUGGGCUGCACAGGAGCCGUCUCAGAAAGGGCGCAUACCCUCCAUCGCAUUAUCCAGCUGGCGGUGGAGCUGCGAGACCACGCGGGGGACCUCUUUGCCUUCUCUGCCGUUAUGAAAGCCCUGACCCUGCCCCAGGUUGCACGCCUGGAGCAGACAUGGCAGGCCCUGCAGCAACUUCACACCCAAAGUGCCAUCACCUUCCAGAAGCAGCUGAAGCCGGCCCUGCGGGACCUGGAUGAGUGUUUUGCGCUGCCCCCGGCGAGUGACGUUGUGGUGCCCCACAUUGUGCCGGUGCUCCGUGCCAUGGAGGGAGAGGAUGAUGCUGGGGGCACCAUGGAGGAAAGCUGCGCCCGGCUGCUCCGAGUCCUGCAGGCAGCGAGAUCCUAUGCAGCAAAUGCAGAAUUGCACCAGAAGAAUGCAGAGAACAAGCUGGAAGGACACACUGCUCUCCCAGAGCUCGGAGAGGCUUUUCAGACGGAAUUCUCCCUGAGGCUGUUCUGGGGCAGUAAAGGUGCCACCGUGGAGCAGAAAGAGAGGUACCGGAAGUUUGAUCAGAUCCUCAGUGUUUUAUCCCAAAAGUUGGAACCGGAGCGAGACAGGAGCAGGCUGGUGAGCAGCGUAUACGGAGCCGUGUAUUAGGGCCCCCCCCCCCCUACAAACAUUGGCUUAUGGCGAGGGGCGUGUGGGACUGCUGAGCCAAAUGUUACGAUGGGCAAAACGCACGGAUGGAGGAGCUGCUGAUUGGCACCAAUGCCCCCCGUGGGGCAGUACCAUUUAUACUGACAAGCAAGAGGAGGUGACAGUUACCCCCCCACCGGCCGGCCCCUCUAUCCCCCCCGGGCGUCGCUGCCCAUAGAACAGUGUGUUUGGCACAGGCUGCCCGUUAUGCCGCUAAUUACAAGCCGGCGCGCCAGCCAAAUGCUCUGAUAAUUACAUUGCCUGAUGGUCAUAAACACACGCAGGGCUCCAUCCUGUAGCCACGAACAUGCACUGAAUUCUAUUGGCCGGAGGGACUGUCAGCUGAUCUCACACUUCCAAGCACCUUGUAUUACACUGUACAGCACCCAGUGGCACCCAGUGCCAAUAGCUCAUUACACACUGCACCUUUCAUGCUUUAAAGCUGUGAAUCUAUGACACUGUAUUUGCCCCUAUUGUAUCUAUCGUACUGCCACCCCGCGGGGCUCAUUCACAAAGUGCAACAACUGGCAGCAAAAUACCCACAGAUGGUUCCCUGGGGUCCGAGUGCGAAACUGCCCAGUCCAAUAAAGCAGUAACAAUGGGUGCAGUGGCGCUCAGUGCUAUAUACCCAUUCUAGCCCCCUUAUAACUUGCCCACAGGGUUGGACUGGGCCAGCGGGGCACCCAUGAGCCCCACCGGCCCAGACCCAAUCUCCACCGGCACUCACCUAAUAAACUCCCUCCCCUGUUCAAACUGAAGAUAAGGUGGCAGGGACCCUGAAGGGGUGUGGGGGGCCAUGGCGGGGCCUCUGGAGGGGUGUGAGGGCCAUGGUAGGCCCUGAAGGGGUGUUGGGGGCCAUGGUGGGGUCCCUGGAGGGGUGUGGGGGGCCAUGGUGGGGUCCCUGGAGGGGUGUGGGGGGCCAUGGUGGGGUCCCUGGAGGGGUGUGGGGGGCCAUGGUGGGGUCCCUGGAGGGGUGUGGGGGCCAUGAUAGGGCCCUUGGAGGAGUGUGGGGGGCCAUGGCGGGGUGUGGGGACCCCUAAAGGGGUGUGGGGCCAUGGCAGGCUCCUGAAGGGGUGUGGGGGGGCCAUGGUGGGGUGUGGGGGCCAUGAUAGGGCCCUUGGUGGGGUGUGGGGGCCAUGAUAGGGCCCUUGGAGGAGUGUGGGGGGCCAUGGCGGCAGCUCAUGGGCCCUGCACACCCCAGCCCGAUCCUACUUGCCUUUGUAUAUGAGCCCUUGCAUGUAUCAGACUGGUGGGGGUUAUGUUUCAUUAGUAGAUGCUUCUAAUACAUUUCAUGAUGACUUUUAUUUUAUAUUUAUUUGUUACUGUUCUGCCUUAGCAGUUGCUGUGAAAUGACUCAGGCCGUCUGACCCUGAUGCACAGCAUGAGUAAGGGAGCCCCUCCCAUUCCAGCUUUCCCCUUAUAGUCGGGAACAAACAGCAUUCGGUUGCACAGGGGGAGAUAUUAUUAGGCUGAGGGAGGAACAGCAAUAAAACAAUUAGUUAUGAAAUCUAUAAGAAGAAAAAACCACAAGGCACGUGCGACUGCAACAAUCAGCUGCUCCACAUGGGUCUGGGGGGGGGGGUGCUCUGGUUUUUCUAGGGACCAUUCAGAUUUUAUAUUUUGUUAUCUUUAUAAAACAGAUUUACAUUUUAUUAAAGAUUAUUUUUACUAAAGAAAUGUGAUAUUUGUAUUUA